GAAGACAAAUCAAGUGGCAAGAGGAAGACCAGAAACAUGACGAACACGCUGUCUGGAAUGAACUCCUGAUGAAGGAGGUGCUGCCAUAGGCAUACCUCAUGAUUAUUCAAGAUGCUAUCAAACUUGCACAAGAGUCCAUUCUGCCUGUGUCGUCCGUGUACGAUCUGUGGCCAGACAUCGGCCAGAUAAAGCACAAAGAGAAAUGGUACGCUGUUGCUCUGGAUGUUCUUCAACACUUAUUCAGACAUAACGUGGCUGUCCUGUCUCUCGCGAAAGAUGAGAGAAUGUUCAUCACUCCGUCAGAGGCGGUGUUCCCCUGUAAUGGUCCAACAAGCCCUGACAUAUUGGCUGCCAUUAAAAGGACUUUGGUUUCCUGUGGAGAAAAUCUUGUCACUUUACCAGGGACUGUUGCAAGAGCUAUACAUGAGGCCUAUUCACAGCUCAGCACCCUAAAACAUGUGACUCCAGCUUUCCUAAGGGACACUCUGCGCAAGACUGGUGUGCACACCAUCUCUAAAGACGACAAACUCUGUCUUUUGGAGUACGCUCUGAGCGAUGGAAGAUACAGAGAACUCGAGGGUCUUCAGCUGCUUCCACUCAGCGAUGGCUCUUUCAGAUCUUUCACAAACAGAGAGGAGGACACUGCUCUAAUUGACAGCAAUGAGUUUCCAAGAGUCCUGCUACCAUGCUGCAAACACCUCUUCAUCCUAGCUGAUCUCAGUCCAGACUGCAAUGCCCACCUGAAACAACUGGCCAGAAAAAACUUAUUCAAGGUCAGCAACAUUGAUGCACACCAGGUGGCUGAAUAUACAAGGAGGUAUCUGCCACAGGAAUGGAAGCAGAUGGGGACAGAGCUUGUUACCUGGGACAUCAGCAACAGUCAACAUCCACCCUUUGAAUGGCUCCAAGAGUUCUGGAAGUUUCUCAACACUCGCUUCAAAGAGUUAAGUAAUUUCACUGGACUGCCAUUAAUACCAGUCAGUCCUCUGUCUGUCAGUCAGCCAGUAUCACUAGCAAGACUACAGAAGAACACCACCCUCAUUUUUCAGAAAAGCAAGCAGAUUAACUUGCCAGACCAAAUAGCUCAGUUGGUGAACAAAGUCGGUGGCACAGUGGUGAGAGGAAACGAGUGGCUCAAGCAUGAAGACUUAGACUCUUACGUGCUGUGCCCAUCUCCAAGGAGUGUCAUGAAAGUCUUGGCGAAUUUAGAUUCUCAGGAUCUUAUCAGAGAGCUCAAGACUACCUCUCGGAGAGCACGAGAAGAACUGAAAGAUUAUCUCUCCCGUCUGGAUUCUCUCUCAGUCAGUGAGAAAGAUUUACUCUCAAAGUUGCCUCUGUUUGAAACCAUGAAAGGCUCCAGUGUUGCAGCUCAAUCGAAACAGGCUGUUCUUCUCAUUUCUGGCCUAACAAUACCAACAGAGUUCCCCAUGCCUGAGUCAGUUGUGCAGUGCACAACUGAGGCUGAUCGCAGACUGUUACGGCUGCUCAAAGUUAAACUCUUGGACACAGCUGAAGCAGCCACUCUCCUCAUUGGCUGUAUUGAGAAGGGGGCUUGCAGAAAAGAAGACACUGAGAAAAUCAUGACUUGGAUUUUACAGCAUGGUACUAUCCUUUUCUCUCAAAACCAGACCUUGAAAUGCAAAUGUAUGGACCUGAGGUUCAUUGAAAUGAAUGGAGAGCUGAGAAAAGCCUCAAGCUUUUUUGAUCCAACUGUUCAAACUUUUAAAGUAAUUUUUGAGUCAGAUUUCUUCCCCCCAACUUCAUACACUCAGACAUCGCAGAUGCUUAAAAGUCUCACAGAUCUGGGAUUGCUAAAUAAAGAAGUGGAUGUGUCACCGGAGCACUUGUUGCGUGCUGCCACACUGAUUGACAAACUGGAUGUUGACUCUCAUGCCGAGGCUCUCAAAAGGGCACACGUGCUCCUGAAAAUGUUGGAUACGAAUGAUCUACUGUCAAAGUUUUCUCACGACCAGCUUCAGUGCCUCAAAAUGCUAAAAUGGGUCCCGUGCACAAAAUCCCCUGAUGACAAAAAACACUGCAAUGACAAAUCUCAGAAAAGUUGUUUCUUCUGUCCAGAUGAAAUAAGACAUUCUAUGUAUGAGAACAUUGUUGGGCAUGUAAUGCCUCUGGUGGGAAAGUUCAGUGACAGAGUUGCCAGCAAACUUGGCCUCAAACGCCUACCCCCACCUGAAAAAGUGAUAGAGAAUUUAGCAGUCUUGACAUCAAAAGCACAGACAAUGGCUGAUCCUGACACAAAUGUGGAUUUCAAAAGGAAGCUGCGUAGCAUUUAUGAACACAUGCAAGACCACAUCUCUGAAUUUGCAACAGUGAUGAGCAAGGACACUCGCUGGUUGUGGAGCCACGACCAGUUUGUAUCAGCACAGGAUCUGGUUCUAGACUAUCCACGCAAUCUAGAUCUGAGCUCCUACAUUGGCAAAGUGCCGAAAGAAUUUCUACCAUACAAGAGGUUGCUCCAGAAAUUUGGCCUGAGAACAUCACUUUCAGAUGAAGAAAUUGUUGGCAUUCUUCAUUCUAUCCAGCAAACCAUUGAAGACAGGCAACAGCCAUUUGCAAGUUCCUCUGAGAUAAAAGUGUCAGUGGAAAUUCUUAACUGGCUGUGGAGAGAGAGGAAGACAGUUGAAGAUGACAUCCCAGUGCCAGUCCUCACAGAGGGUGAACAGUAUACCCUUAAACCACUGUCAACAGCAGUCUUCUGUGAUGUAAGCAAAAAUGGGUUGAAUGAGCUGAAUUACAGCCAGGAGGAAAUUCAUCUCGUACAUGAGGAAAUCCCAAAAGCAGCAGCUGAAUGGCUGAACAUCCGAUUUCUCAGUACCUACAUCCUGGAUCCGGAGUUAGUCGGAAUCGAACAGUGCGGACAAUCUGAACCGAUAACAACGAGGAUUAAAAACAUUCUCAAAGAGUAUGAUGAAGAAAGUGACAUCUUCAAAGAGCUCAUUCAAAACGCAGAGGAUGCUGGGGCAGAAGCUUGUAAAUUCAUGGUGGAUUUCAGAGUGCACAAAGAUACUCCUGAAAGUCUCAUUGACCCUGACAUGAUCCUUUGUCAGGGCCCUUGUCUUUGGGCAUUUAACAAUGAGCAGUUCACAGCUGAGGACUGGGCAAAUAUUGUCAGAGUUGGCUCUGCCUCGAAGGAAAACAAGGUGGAGAAAAUUGGAAAGUUUGGACUUGGAUUCAAUACUGUGUAUCAUGUGACAGAUGUUCCUUCUAUCCUCAGUGGCAACAGUCUUCUCAUACUUGAUCCAAACGUAACUCACCUGAAGAAGCACAUCAAACAUAAAACAAAUCCUGGAAUCAAGCUGAAUCUGAGUCAGCAGCGACUUUUUCAUUGUUUUCCUGGUCAGUUUGGACCAUAUGAACGCAUUUUUGGUUGUAAUUUCACCAAACAAAGUCCCCCUAAACCCUAUCAGGGCACUCUGAUCAAACUACCUUUCCGAACUGAAGAAGAGGCUCACAAGUCGGAAAUAAGCACAAAGGUGUAUCACAAACACAAUAUCAUUACUUUUCAACAGCACUUCACAGAGAAUUCCCGAAUUCACCUGCUGUUUCUGAGGAACAUAAAAACAUUAUCUCUGCAAAGUUUAUCAAAAGAUGUAUCAGCUCCACCAAGAGAUGAUGAAAUGGAAACCGUCCUCACCGUUUCUAAAAGCACUGUGAGUACAAUGAUGAUUCCUGAUGAAACCAAUGUGUCAAAGCAGCGUCAAGCUGAGAAAUCAUUGACGAAACUUGAUGGAAAAUGCAAAGAGGUCAUUGACUGCUGCACAGUCAGCAUUGUCCAGAUAACCAGUCAGCUAUCUGGUGUUACUGAAUCCCAGUCCUGGCUCGUGUACAACUGCUUUGGGACACAUCAGUCUUUAAAAAUGGCCCUUCAAGAAAACAAGCAAGCCAAGUUCUCUUUGCCCAUUGGGGGGAUUGCUGUGCCUUUGCAAAAUGAUCCAGAAACUGGGAAACUGGCCUCAUUACAAACAGAUCUUGUUGGACAGGCAUUUUGCUCCCUUCCUCUUUCCAUUCACACUGGUCUCCCAGUCAAUGUAAAUGGAACGUUUGCUGUGACGAGCAACCGAAAAGGUCUGUGGGAGAGUGGCGUGAAACAUGACUGGAACAAAGCCCUUCUUCAGGAUCCUGUAGUGACAGCGUAUGUUACUGUACUCCUGGUGCUAAAGAAAAUGUCUGAAAAAGAGCAACUGGAGACUUACAAUUAUCACACCUUCUGGCCUAACAGAGAGAAAGUGAGCGAAACUUUCAAGCCAUUGGUGGAUGCCUUUUACUCCAUCCUUGCCCAGACCUCCACUGGUCCAGAGCUCUUUAGUGAUGGAGAACAUUGGUGCUCAAUGAACAGUGCCAUAUUUCUACACGAGAGCAUUGAAGAGGAUAAAGACAUCAGUACACUUGCAGUGCAGGUGUGCAAAAAGCAUGCAAAAGCACCCAACCAUGUUGUCCCACUUCCACUGUGGUUGAGAAAUUGCUUCAAACAGGCUGGCCUAGCAAAGGUUUUACAGAGCAGAACAUGGGACUGGGAGAAGUUUUACCAGGAAGCAGUGUUUAACAACCUUGGUACCAUGGAUCCUAAGAGUAGAGAUACUCUUGUGCUGCACGCUAUUGACCUUAAUAUCAAAGAAAUUGACAAUCUACUGGUUUGCUAUCCAUGCAUCCCCACAAAAGGCGGACAGCUCCAGUAUAUCAAGAAACUUGUGAAUCCGUCAGGGAAAGUGGCCUGUCUUUUUGAACCACAAGAGGAACGCUUGCUCGGUGGAACCAAAAAUGACUUUUGCUCCCCAAAGAGGAUUCAGCGCUUGUUGGAACUUGGAAUGGCAAAUGACCAUCUUCCAAUGGAUGAAAUCACAGAGAAAGCAGGCACGAUCAACAAAACCUGGAGCACUGACAAAAAGAAAGCAUAUGUGCAUUUGAAGUGCCUUCUUGAACUUAUGAAGAAUCACAUGAAUGACAAAUUCUCUCCUCACUGGGAAACACUGAGGAUGACUGAAUUUCUCCCAGCAUUUUCCCCGGGUGAUACAAAAAUGGAAAGAAAUGUAACAUUAAGAAGGCCCAUUGAUAUCUUCAGUGACAAAUGCUCCCUACUCGUUAACAUGACACAAGCUGUGCUGGAUCAUACCAAUCUGAAGAUACACAACACUGAUCCAGUCCUACAAAUUUUGGGAGUUCAUGACAGUCCAAGCCCAGAGAUUGUUCUUCAGCAGCUGCAAGUAACAUAUGAACAAUCUCAAUCCAUUGACAGCUCCGUGCUUCUCAAAAUAGCCAGUGAAUGCUACAAGUUUCUGGAUCAGUGGCUCUAUGAUUCUGGGAAUUCCAGUUUCAUUUCUGAGAGGGCAAAUUCAUUCCCAUUCAUUCUUGUCGGAAGUACAUUUGUAAAUGUGAGCCGCGUUGCAGAAACUGGGCAAUUUGAAGCAAAGCCCUAUCUGUAUGUACUUCCACCUGCCUUUGCUAGUUUCAGGAGUCUCUGGGAAAGUGUAGGCGUUGAAAAAUGCUUCACAAUCCAUCAGUUUCAAACCGUGCUCCAGGAAUUGCACUCUCGGCAUGGCAACAAGCAGCUGCCAAAGAGCGAUCUAUCAAUUUGCAUCACAAUUUUAAACACAGGAAUAUAUGAGGCCAAAGACAAAACAACGGGUGACUGUCUGAUACCCAAUGAACAUGGUGUUUUACAACCUGCAAGUGAGAUGUUUUACAAUGACAGUGCGUGGAUGCCAGUCGCCUCAGGUGUCACAUUAUGCCAUGAGAAAAUUCCACGUGUUACAGCUCGCUACUUUGGGAUCAAAACUACCAGGCAUCAUACUCUGCAAAACCACACAGUUAAUACCAUUUCACCAUUAGCUUUUCAGUUUGAACAGCAGGAACAACUAACUGUUCGAAUUAAAAACAUAAUUUCAGCCUAUCCAUCAAAGAAGGAUAUCCUUAAAGAGCUCAUCCAAAAUGCUGAUGAUGCAGAGGCAACGGAAAUUCACUUUGUUUGGGACAAACGACAGCAUGGCAAAGAAAAAACAUUUGGGAAGAAGUGGAACCAUCUGCAGGGCCCGGCACUGUGUGUGUUUAACAACAAAGUGUUUUCUGAUGCUGACCUGACUGGCAUUCAGCAGCUGGGAGAAGGAGGAAAGCACAACUCUCCAGGGAAGAUAGGAAAAUACGGAGUGGGAUUCAACUCUGUUUACCAUCUCACUGACUGCCCCUCGAUCCUCACUGGAGAUGAAUUACUGUGCAUUUCUGAUCCCAAUCAAAAGUACAUUGAAAGUUAUUCAGACAAAGCACCACAUGGCAUCGGCUACAAACUAGCUGAGACUUUCAAGAACAUGUACAUGGAUGUCUACAAAUCCUUUCUCCCUGACAAAUUUCCUCUUAAAGAGGGCACCAUGUUCAGAUUACCUCUAAGGAUGGGUACCAUGGCAAACAGCUCAAAAAUAUCAAAGCAGGGAGUCACUGAUCAUGACAUGAAAGAACUGUGCUCUGCUCUCUCUGAAGAUCCUGAAGGACUAAUUCUGUUUCUGAAAAACAUCUGCAAAAUCGAAGUCCAUGAAAUCGAUGAACAUUCAGGGACACUCAAAACCAUUUUUGUGGUUGAAAAAAGUCUACCACAGACAAGCAGAGAAGAAAAAGAUGCUUUUGUAAAGCUUCAACAAAAUGCACUACAAUCAGAGAAGCCAGUAACACCACACAAUACCAUUUAUGGAACCAUGAUUUCAACCUCUGACAAAAGACAAACUAAAUGGAUCAUUGCAGAACAGUUUGGCUCAUUCAAAAAGAGUGGAGAAAGAGACGUAACACUACCACACAAACUACCCCAAGCAGCAGUAGCAGCGCUUGUGAGCUCCAAGAUCUGCAAGAGUCCAGCACCAUCCAGCCAUAUGGAUUUCAAUGGAGAAGCCUUUUGUUCACUUCCUUUGCCAGGAAAAACUGGACUACCAGUGCACGUCAAUGCAAACUUUGAGGUAGAUUCUGCCAGGAGAAGCCUUUGGAAAGAAGAUGGGCAAAGUGUAAAAUCUAACUGGAAUGAAUUUCUGAAACAGAAUGUCAUCGCUCCACUGUAUGCAGAUCUCCUUCAUUACAUCAGCUGUAACAUUCCACGUAAGAAAGUCUCUCUUGCAUAUAUUGAGUUACACUUGAGUAGCUCAUACUUGCGUUUUUGGCCAGCUGUGUCCAAAGAUGUUGUUAAGGAUUGGCAUGAAAUGAUACAUGAGGUAUACAGAUCAAUCAAAGAAAGAGGCCUCAAUGUAAUUCCAGUGAUGAGGAGUUCAACAUGUCUAACUGCAAACCGAGAAUUUAAGGAGUAUUCUUUUGACUGGUGUAAUGUCAGAGAAACUGAGUCAACUAAGGCACCUUACCUGACACACUCAGUAAGUGACGAGAUUAAUCCCAUUUUGGAAGAUCUUGGAAUGACAUUGGUUCCUUUUUCCAUGAAAAUGCAAAAAGUUUGGAGCAGUUUCAAAUCUGCUGGCAUCAAUGUGAAAGAUGUGACUCCUUCAACUGUGCAAACUUUCCUGAGAGAGAAGCCCCUCAGUGACCCAGCCCAAACAUCUAGGGAUUUACCCCUGCCCAUAAGUGCCACUCUGAUCAGAGAUGAAACCAGGUGUUCAAAGCUGCUGACUUUCUGCUUAAAGGAGUUUGAAAAUGGCUUGAAAAAAGUUACCAAGGACAAUUCCAGCUUACUGAAUGGGCUUCCACUUCUUCUCACAAGAGAUAAAGUUUUGAGAGUGUUUAAUUCCAAAUCUCCCAAACUGAUAUCAGGAUAUGAGAGUCUGUUCUUUGGCUACGAGGACCAAUUUGCAGAUUAUCGAACCAACCAUGGCCACAUAGGUGUUCUCCAAGAUUUCAAUCUUGUCAAAAGUUUGACAGUUCCCUGCGCAGUGAAAUAUCUGAAGCCUGAAAUUCAGCAGCUUCUCCAGAACUGUGAAGUUGAUGCACACAGUGGUCUUCAUGUUCCAAACGAGACAACAUUGAAGUGGUUGAAAUCACUUUGGAUGUUUUUAACAAGCCAGAUAAUACCUACUACAAGUAGUAGUGGAGAACAAAGUCUGACAUUAAGUGAUGUGAGGCAGCUCUUCAGUGACUGCUGCAUUUUGCCUGUUGUGUGUCCAAGGUUGAACAACAAGCACUUCCUCCAAACAAUGAAAGACAUGCCAAGUGUGAUUCACUUCUCCUCAGAAAGAGACAUAUCAGGCAUCCUCUUUAAACUUGGAUUUAUGAAGCUUGACAGUGUAUUCUUCUCUGAGAUACAUGUAGACCGACAUCUACAUUCACUUCUACACCCUGAACUCAUGGAUGUGAAUGAUAAAAGCUCUGUUUUGGACCAGGUCUACAACAUAAACCACUCAGAGUUUUCCCAGCUUUCCAAUGAUGAGAUGAAAGAGCUCCAGCGUUUCCUCCAGGAUGGAGUAUCCAAGUGCAAAGACAAUCAAGACUACCAGAGAAAGCUCAAAUCCCUACCAUUAUUUGAAACAAUACAUGGUAACCGGGUGAGGAUUGAUGGACCUAAAGAGGUAUUUAUCCUCAGCAGCAUGCAUUCAGUGACAUUUCCAGAUUUGUUCAUCCUGGCCCACAGCAAGAGCAUUUUUCUCCGAAACAAUCCAGAAAACUGCAGUCUGUCACAAAUACUGAAUAUCCAAACUCUGACUGACUUGGAGUAUUUCAUGAAGUUCAUUCUGCCAGUUAUACACACACUCAAAGAGAGUCAGCUGCUUCAAUGCCUCAAACUGCUGAUGUCACUACAACAUGAUUUCUGUUAUUCCAAGUAUAAGGACAAAAUCAUCUCCUCAAUGAAGACGGUGAAAUUGAUUUGCAAUUCCCAAGGCAGAUUGGAGACAGCGUCAUACUACUUUGAUAAGGGUGUCGAGCUGUACAAGAAAAUGUUGCCCAAAGAGAGAUUUGUGCCUGAGAGAUUUUGGACUGAGUUGUGUAAAGGAAAUCCAGAAUCAGUAAAAACACUAAAGGAGUUACUCAGAGAACUUGGAAUGAAGCAUGUUGUGUCAAAAGAUGACAUAAUAAAUUUUGCAUACCAGGUAGAAUCAGAAGUAAAAACAGACUGUCAGCUUGACGAGUUGAAACUGAAAUCAUCAUUAGUUUUCAGAGCAGCCUUGAAUAUUGUGAGUAACGACAAAAACAAAGAGGAGAAGUUGCUGGAGGACAUAGCUGACAUCAAGUUCAUUUUUCCCGAGAAAAUUGACAAAGAACUGUGCAACUACCACCAACCAUUUGCUGCUGAGAGAACUGCCGUCAAAAUCAGAGGAUCUUUGAUUGAAAGCGAUCCCAAGCAUCAAGAACUGAUCUGGUCUUCAAUGCCAAUUAUACAUCUACCAGUUUAUAAAACAGCGAAGCUCCUGAAAAUGAUGAAAAAUGCAGGAGCUCAUGAGCAACCACCUCCGGAGAGUGUAACCAGUAACAUGAGCAACAUCUGUCAGUCGCUUUGUAAAACUGACCACUUGAUCAAAACCCGUGCUAACGUGUUUCGAAGUUCAUAUGCCUUCCUGCAAGCAAACAGGUUUGAAGGACAACCACUGGCUGGGCUUCCUGUUGUGUUGGUUGAAAAAGACACAGAACUUGUGAGGACUGAUGAUGCGUGUCUUUCACUCCCUCAUGACCUAGAGUUCAGACCGUAUCUGUACAGCAUUUCUCCAAAGGAUGUCCUGUUCGCAGAGUUCUUCAAAAAAAUUGGUGUAAAGGACAAACCUUCUGCAGUGCACUAUUGUAAUGUUCUGGCAGCAGUUUAUGCUGAUUCCUGUGAUAAACCACAGCUAAACCCAAACCAACAGAUAACCGUGAAACGUGCUGUUCACCAGUUGUUUCGCUUGAUCAAAGCUCAAGGAAAGCAGUCCCAUGUUGACGAUGUGAAGAGUUUGUAUCUCCCUGCAGUAGAUGGUAAAUUAUACCCGUCAUCCACACUCUACUACAACGACACAGUGUUUGAGAUCAAAAGGUUAGAAGGUGCGCUGAAGAAUAAGUUCCUGUUGAUUGAGAGGCUCAGUGAAUGUCAUCUGGGCAGUGACAGGUUUGAGCAUCAUCAGUUGCUGCAUUUGCUGCCUCAGAAAUUUCUGCCUAAAAUGCUGUCAAAAUUCACUGAGGAGAAAGUUGAGGAAUUAAACAUGCAGCUUUGUGAGCUUGAGCCCGACUGUGAAUUUAGUGGAUGGUUUGAGAGACAUUUGUCCUCAGUAGCAUUCAGACAUGGAUUAAUUUGUCUUAUCAGAGAACAGUCGAAGGGAGAAAUAACACAAGAAGAUGCCGCUGGCAUGUGUAAGAAGACUUUCGGCAGUAUUCAGAUUGUCUGCUGCAAAAGCCUGGAAACAAAGCUCUGGCUGGACAAACAGCCACUACACAAAACUGCCACUGAAACGGAUGUCUACGUCAAACAAGGGCAACAAGGUUGCAUCUUUUACUUAAAGCACAACAAUGACAUGGUCCCUAAGGUAAUAAAUGAUGUCAAUAUGACUUUGACAGAGGUGAUUAAUGUUCUUUUAGGUAACAAGAUUGCAUCAAUUCACCUUCAAGUCCUGGGACAACUUCUCAUGUGUGACACUCUGAAAGAUGUUCAGAAAACUCUGGCUAAGAAUGGGAUCCAUGACAGUGCUGAAACAGAAAGCUCUGUCCUCAAUCCACCACCCCCCGGGACAGAUAUUCCAGUCAAGUGGCAUGACUCCUUAGACAUGAACGUCCUCAAUAACUUUGAAGAGGGGGAAUAUGUUGGCUACAGCACUAACAACAAGUACAUUUAUGCAGUUAUUGUCGAAGAACUGCCUGGGCACUCUGGACCAUAUUCACUGCGAUACAGAAUUGAAAUCGGACAGGAUGAGCCAAUUGAAGUCAGUUGUCUUGACCUGUAUCAGUUUAAACGACAAAAGAAACCAGAAGCUAAAGGGAGGACUGCAUCUGCUGAGGCUUCCUGCAUGGAACUGGAGCCACUAGCAGGAGCUGUGCCACAUUCUUCCCAACCAUCAGCUGAAAGUUCUUCAUCUGCAAGAUCUUCACCGACCUCUAUUGAUGAAGCUAAAAGGGAAAUUGACAAAUGUUUGGAAGAGAUCUGGACUCUUCCUAAGGAGGAGAGGCAUAAAGCCAUCAAACGACUGUACCUGAGAUGGCAUCCUGACAAAAACCCCGAAUGCCAGCUUCUCUCCACUGAGGCAUUCAAAUACCUGCAGAAUCGAAUCGAUGAGCUCAACAAAGGCAAAGGCAGUGGCAAAACUGCAGGCUCGUCCCAUUCAAGGGGAAAUUCAGAUUUUAGAGACUUCUAUCAGCAGUGGAAUCAGGAGGCCAGACAUCACAGAACUAGCCGAGAGAGAUUCUCUACAGGCCACCAGUCCUACAACUUCUGGACCCAUAAUGAACAUGUCCCGAGGCCAAACAGAGAGGAGGCCCGACGCUGGUGUAAACAGGCUCGCUGUGAUCUCAAUGCAGCUUACAAAGACGCUGGUGGUGGGAGUACAGAGUGGUGUCUUUUCAAAGUCCAUCAAGCAGUGGAAAAGUCUCUCAUAGCUGCAGAGUACAAAAGAAAUGGUCAGCAUCCCACCAGUAGCUCCAUUUCAGUCAUAGCUGCACAAGUUUCGCUUUACAACGCCCAACUGAGAGGUCUGCCUCAAAUUGUGGAAAAGCUGAAGACGCUGGGAGUAGACGCCAAAAAGACUCAGUAUCCCAACUGCCAUCCAUUUCCCCAUAUUCCAAAUGGACAGUUCAAAUCAGAGAAUGAACUGUUAGCACUGAACAAAGCAUCUGAGCUUCUCUGUAAAAUCGAGGCAUAUGUGAAUUAGGGAUUUGAGAAGAAGAGACAAGUUGGCAGUUGACUUUUUUAACACGUUAAAAAUGAUGUGAUAUUGAAACACAAGCAAUUCCAUAAUUUCUUCUGCAGGACAAAUAUAAGAAUGAUAUGACUGUUAUGAAUAUUCUGAAAUGAAAAGGUUUGUUUUGUUAAUGACUCUACUGAUUGGCAAUCAAUGUAUCACUAUAUGAAUUUGUUAUGAAAAUGCAAAUCUCUAAGUAUUUUGUGCAUUGUAGUAGACAUUUAUGACUGCUCACUGAGGACGAGUAUAAUCAGUGUAUUACCUUAUUAUGAAAAUUCAAGUUUUUUUUGUCCCAUUGUUGUACACAUUUAUAAUUUCUUCCUGACCUAUAUAAUCACUAUGUUACUUUCUUAAAAAUAUGUAAAUAUCAAAAGUCUUUUUGCAAUGUUUCUGACUGCUGACUGGGGACCAUUAUAAUCAGUGUAUUACCUUAUUAUGCAAAUGCAAAUUUUGAAGCAUUUUCAAUGUGGUAAACAUGACUGCUCAGUGAUGAUCAAUAUACUGUUACUUUCUUAUGAAAAUGCAAAUAGCAAAAGGGUUUUUUUUAAUGUUGUAAACAUGUAUCGCUUCUCAUCGAUGAUCAGUAUAAUUACUGUUACUUUCUCAUGAAAAUGCAAAUGUCAAAAGUUUUUUUGCAGUUUGUUAACAUUUAUGACUGCUCACUGAGGACCAGUAUAAUCAGUGUAUUACUUUAUUAUGACAAUGCAAAUAUUGUUGAAUAUCAUAAGUUUUUUAGCAAUGUUGAAAAGGGACCUGCUCACUGAUGACCAACAUAAUCACUAUAGUAUUUUGUUUAAAAAAUGUACCAUAAUUUUUUAUUUUUUAUUUUUUGCUAUGUAAACAUUUAGAGCUACUCAGUAAUUACCAAUCGAAUCACUGUAUUACUCUCUUACAAAAAUGCAAAUAUCAGAGUUUUUUUUCGUUUUGUUUUUCGUGUUGUUGUCGCUGUAUGGCUUUGUUAUGGUUUGUUAUCAUUUACAACUACUGAGGAUCACUAUAAUCGCAGUAAAAAAAAUGUUUUGGGAAAUGCAAAUAUUAAUUAAAUUAGAGGUAUUUUGUCACCAUAAUUCAUUUUGUUACAGUAGUAUCAGCUUUUACCUUCUGAAAUUAACAAAAAUAAAUAAAAUAAUGAAAUGAAA